AUGGCCUCUCCCCAGCCUGGCAGCCCACCACCUACAGAGCAAGACACCCCUCUUGAUGAACUGAGUGAGGAGAGCAAAGAGCUGGAGGUAGAGGAGCCCCCUGUAAAAAAGAGAGGCAAAGGCAGACCUCCAAAGAAAUCCAAGCAUUCUUUCAAAUGCUCUGCCUGCCAGGAGGCCUUCAGUAGCCCCUUGGCUCUCCGGAGCCAUAAGCUGUCUGCCCACAGUAAGGAGCAGCAGGAGAAAAAGCAGCACACAUGUUCUCAGUGCAGCAAAACGUUCCCCAGCAGAGCCCAGCUCUCCAAGCACCAGCGCUCUCACUCUGCUCAGCGCCCCUUUCAGUGCGAUCAGUGUCACAAGGCUUACAAGACCCCAACGGAGCUACGCAACCACAGCCGCUCCCAUACAGGGGAGAAGCCUUUUGUCUGCACUGAGUGCGGCAAGACCUUCAUGCAGGCCAUCUGCCUGCGCAUUCACAUGACGCAGCACAGCGGCGAGCGGCCAUAUUCCUGCCCCCAUUGCUCCAAGAGCUACCCCACUCUGUCCAAGCUGAAGGUGCACCUGCGCUCUCACACGGGGGAGAAGCCCUAUUUCUGUGCCGAGUGCGGGAAGAGCUUUGCCGACCCCUCUGUUUACCGGAAGCACAGGCGCAACCACCAGGGCCACCGGCCCUACUCCUGUGAUAAGUGUGGGAAGACGUACACCGAGCUGAAAGACCUGAAGAACCAUGAACGGUCUCACACAGGAGAGAAGCCCUACCUGUGUUCCGACUGCGGCAAGGCCUUCUCCCGUUCGUCCUCCCUGGCUUGUCACCUCCGCAUUCACUCCCAGAGCAAACCCUACCAGUGUGAGCAGUGUGGCAAAGGCUUCACUCAGCUCUCCUCCUAUCAGUCUCACCUGCGCACUCACUCGGGUGAGAAGCCAUUCCUCUGCCCGCAGUGUGGGAAGAUGUUCUCAGACCCCUCCAGUUUCCGCCGGCACCAGAGGGCCCAUUCAGGGUUCAAGCCCUACCCCUGUGACAAGUGUGCCAAGAGAUUCCGGCAGCCUGCCGACCUGGCUGUGCAUCAGCGGGUGCACUCCGGGCAGCGGCCCUACAAGUGUCAGAGCUGCGACAAGGCGUUUGUGGCGUCCUGGGACCUGCGACGCCACAUGCUGGUGCACACGGGGCUGCGGCCCUUCUCCUGCACGGAGUGCGGCAAGUCCUUCGCCGAGCGCUCCAGCCUCAACAAGCACCGAAGGGUGCACUCCGGCGAGCGCCCGUUCAAAUGUGACCUGUGCUUCAAGUCGUUCGUGGUCUCCUCCAGCCUACGGAAGCACGAGCGCACUCACCUGGCUGAGAGGCCCGCGCUGCUACCGCAGCAGGCGGUACCUGAGACAGUUGCAGCAGUGUUCCUCGCUCACACCUCCCUCCCCCAGUUCUCCUGUUCACACUGUGAUGUCACCUUUGGAACCUGGGAGGAGGUUCAGGCCCAUGAGGGUCUUCACACCAUCUCUCCUCCUUCCACCACCGUGGCCCCCCUGCCCAUGGGCCCACACGUAUGCGCGACCUGCCGGGAGGAGUUUGUACUGCUGUCUGACCUGCAAGCCCACGAGAAGAUGCACCCCAAACCACGACCCCACGUCUGCGACAGCUGCAGCAAAGGUUUCCUCAACAAAGCCGGGCUGCGGAAACACCAGCGGAUCCACUCGACCAACCGCAACCACGUCUGCCCCCACUGUAGCAAAGCCUUUCUGUUUGCCGCUUAUCUCCGCAAGCACUUACGCACCCACCGUGACCCCCUGCCCACCUUCCCCCUCUCUGACACACUCAUUGCACACACGGAGCCUCUUCCCUCGCCACCUCCACCCAUUGAAGUUUCCUCAUCUACUCUUGAACCUGGUGCAAUUUGUCUGACUAUACCGGUGACUAUUCCAGUGACUGUUCCUGUAACCUUUCAGACCACUCCCAUUUAUAUCGAUAAGGAAGACAGACUCUGA